CAAAGUUUAGUGUUUUUCGAACCGUUCCAGAAUCCGAUCCAGAAACAAUUGCUAAAAAAAAGAUGAUGCAGAUGAGCGAGUACAAGGUGGUGCCGCAGAAUGCGCCACAGGAUGACACUGUGGUCCGUCAGCCGCAGGCGGUGAAUCCCGGAAUUAAUGCCAACGGAGCUGAGAACUGGAUGUCGAUACCCGUGGGCAUGCCCAACUGCCCGCAGGGCCUCGAGUACCUGACCGCCCUGGACCAGCUGCUCGUGUCGCAGAAGAUCGAGAAACUGGAGCUGCUCACCGGCUUCGAGUCGAAGAAUCGCUUCAAGGUGAAGAAUUCGCUGGGCCAGAACGUGUACUUCGCCUACGAGGAGAGCGACUGCUGCACCCGCAACAUGCUCGGCCGUUCCCGUCCCUUCGAGAUGAAGAUCCUGGACAAUUUCCAGAACGAGGUGCUCCACCUGUACCGGCCAUUCAAAUGCGAUGUCCUCUGCUGCUUCCCCAGCUGCAUGAACGCCGUGGAGGUGUCGGCGCCACCGGGUCAGGUCAUCGGAAGCGUGGAGCAGGUCUGCACCUUCAUGCGACCCAAGUUCAACAUCAAGAACACCUUCGGCGACAUCGUCCUGCAGAUCGAGGGACCCAUUUGCCCCAUCAAGUGUUUCAGCGAUACCAACUUCAAGGUAUUGAGCGCCAAUAAUGAGGAGAUCGGCAAAAUAAGCAAACAAUGGUCUGGACUGGGAAGGGAGCUGUUCACCGAUGCGGAUUACUUCAGCGUCACCUUCCCCCUGAAUCUCGAUGUUCGCAUGAAGGCACUGGUAUUCGCAGCGCUCUUUUUGAUUGACGUGGUCUUCUACGAGCAGUAAGCUGUCAAUCCAUCGAUUUAUAAAUGAACAAACACCCAGACAUUAUUAUCGCCGACUGCUUUUUGGUUCGACGUGUUGCAUCGUCAUAGCUCUAAGAAUUUAUUAACCCCUUGUUUAAACAAUGUUUCCGGGAAUCUGAACAGUGCAACGCUUUGAUCGAUUUGGAAUCUCCACAGCAACGGAAUCUCCCCGCACAAUUUUGAUCUGAAAUGCAGUUGCACCUUCGUUUUUUAUGAGCCUGGGUUUUGGCAUUUAAAGCGCACAACAAUGUAGCACAUAUUGACAACACACAAUUGCAACGGAAAACAGACUACACACGAGAAAACCGACGAGAACGAGUGCCUUAUGACGUCCUAGUUGUUAUUGUCGUCGCCCCGCCCCGUUUCCCCGAUUUAUAUACCUCGACAUACUUAGCUUUGUUGUACCCAAAGGUCGGAGCACAGGAUUACUUAACUGCAAACCAUGGCGUACCUAACUAAUUUACUAUUACCUAUUACAUAUAUUCAUAUAUUUUUGUAUGAAACUAAUCGCAAUCGAAUUGUUAAUCAUUAUGGUGGCCACACAAGGCAGCUUUCAAGACAUUUCGAGAUCAAACGCGAUCUCCCCCAUUUGGUCGCUCUCCCGUGGCGCCAUGAAAUUCGAAUCACUUGAACAUAUACUUCAUCAAUUUAUUUAUCUCUCAGUUAUGCUGUAAAAUAAACAAACUAUAUUUUUUACAAAACAAA